CGGUCAGGAGCCACGUGCUCAGGACAGUCGUAGAGAGAGCAGACUGUCUUUGGAGAGAGGAGGCGCGCCCCCAACUUGGGUAGGGGGCAGAGAGGGCGAGCAGGAGGAGGCAGGUUCCGGCAGAAGGCAGGGGGGUAGGGGGGAGGCCGAGAGCACGCGGACAAAGGAGGCGGCCCUCAGCCCAGCUGUUUUGAAAAAUGCUUCCUGUUUCUUUAAAGGCGCUAGCGGCUCGGGCGGCCUGGGCUGGGGAGGCGGCAGCGGCGGCGGAGCUGCCUCCUAUCCGGGCGGGCGGCGCUGAGUGAUCUUGCGAACUGGGCUUCUGUGUAAACUGAGGCUAAACAAACACAGAUGGAGCGCAGCGGGCGUUCUGCAGAAAUGCUGGCAGGGCGGCAGCGACUUCAGAUGACACUCUGAGUUCUCCCGGGGAACGGGCAGCCUCCGAGGCUUCACCGAGCCGGAGGCGCAGCUGCCCCGGGAGUGGGGGUGCGAGGGAGGGACCCGGGGAGGGAGGGUAGGAGGAGAGAGCGCGGCGACAAGGCGGCGCUGAGCGCGGCGGCCACCGGGCACAGCCAAGCGCGCGGCGUGCAGAGCGAUCGCUGCGGGCGCGCGUCCCGGGCAGUCCCACGCCCCUGUCUCACGCCGUCCGCGCCAUGAAGCACAUCCCGGUCCUCGAGGACGGGCCGUGGAAGACCGUGUGCGUGAAAGAACUGAACGGCCUCAAGAAGCUCAAGCGGAAAGGCAAGGAGCCGGUGCGGCGCGUGAAUGGCUAUAAAACUUUCCGAUUGGACUUGGAAGCUCCCGAGCUCGGCGCCACAGCCAGCGCCACCGCCGCCACCAACGGGCUCCGGGACAGGACACAACCGUUCCCGGUCGCGACCCCAGUACCAGCCUCAGUGGCGCCGGCGGUUCCUCCAGGUGGAGGCACAGACACAGCCAGGGAAUUCCGGGGCAUCAGAGCGCCUGAGGUCUCAGAAGCGCGCAAACGCGGUUUCGCUCUGGGCACAGUGGGACCGGGACUACCCACGCCACCGCCGCCUCCCGCGUCCCAGAGCUUGGCACCCGGGGAUCCCGAGGCGCUGCCCUUCCGAGAGCAGGCUCUGCGUCCCCGCAUCUUGCUGUGCGCCCCUCCCGCGCGUCCCACGCCGUCCGUGCCUCUCGCACCCCCAGCGGCGCCACAAGAGUCCCCCGUGCGCCCUGCGCCCCCCACGCGCCCGGGGGAAAGUUCCUACUCGUCAAUUUCACACGUAAUUUACAAUAACCACCCGGAUUCUUCCGCGUCGCCUAGGAAACGGCCAGGCGAAGCGACCGCCGCCUCCACGGAGAUCAAAGCCCUGCAGCAGACCCGGAGGCUCCUGGCCAACGCCAGGGAGCGGACGCGGGUGCACACCAUCAGCGCAGCCUUCGAGGCGCUGAGGAAGCAGGUGCCGUGCUACUCCUACGGGCAGAAGCUGUCCAAGCUGGCCAUCCUGAGGAUCGCCUGUAACUACAUCCUGUCCCUGGCACGCCUGGCUGACCUGGACUACAGUGCCGAUCACAGCAACCUCAGUUUCUCCGAGUGUGUGCAGCGCUGCACCCGCACCCUGCAGGCAGAAGGACGUGCCAAGAAGCGUAAGGAGUGACCUGCCACGGGCUAGACCACGGACACCACUGUGAGUCUCUUCCCAGUCAGGCCUGAGGAGAAAGCUGAGACCACCAGGAGACAACCAGCCUCAUUCCUUGUCUUCUUCAAGAUGCUACCAGAUACUCAGCCCAUGUACCAUCUCUCAGGGGCACUUAGGACCAGGACAAGGGCCGCCAGCCUCCCUCCCAGUCUCCUGAUGUCCUCCAGCCUCCCAGGGUUACUUCAGAUUUUGCCUUCUGCCUGGUGGGGCUGGCUAUUGCCAAAGAUUCUACAGAGAUUGUCCAAGGAAACGAUGGGGUGCAGCCUCAACAGCACAAAACCACACCAUUGCUGCCCAACCAAGUCCACCUCAAGCCAAAGAUGGAUUAGCACUUCUGCCAGGAACUCAUGCAAGGAGUGGGCAUUUGGUGACCUUCAGAAGCACUUAACCCUCCAAGCCAGAGCUCUGUCUGUGCUGGGCCCUGAGCAGAGGGUUGCCUUUGAGGCUGGUGGUAGAAGGUGGGCCUGAGAUUCCUGGCUCUUCCCGUUAGCUACCCAGGCCUCUGACUCCUGUUCCCCAUCCUUUUUUGAGUCCCUGCUCCUUCUUGGAGCCCAAGCCUCCUGAGAGAGGAGGAAAGGGGGAGACUGAAGAAGCAAUAUUGCCCCACACUCCACCCAGGAUAUGUCCCAAGGAAAUCUUUCUGAGGGUCUUUGCUCUCAGAUCCUGCCCCACCAGGUGCUCCUCCCCAGUGGCCAGGUUCAGGCUAGCAGAUAAGAGAGCAACUGCUUGUGGAUAGACCAGGCAGGACGGCUGGGGAGGAAGGGACCAGGGGAAGGAACCGGCCAGUAUGUGGGGGAAGGGGCACGUUCAAAGCCAAGGCCUGCUCCUUGUGCUCCAGAGGCCAAAGCUGUUCACAUCUGUGUGCAACCAUCUGCUUCAAAUUGAAGUAAAAGCUGCAACAUAGAAAGG